CUUUACACAUUUAAAGUCAGAGUUGCAAUUUCGUGCAACAUGACCCCAGAGCUGACACCUAUGACAUUGUAUUUCAUGGUUCUUCCUUUUCGGUUUCUCCCAUAUCACAGUUUGGUUUAUUUAUUAUUCUACACAAACCAAAAUACAACCCUGAUCAGUUGCCGACGAGUCAAAAGUUGCUGAACUUUUCGCGGCAGACGCGUUAAAAACUACAGUGUGUAACUUGCAAAAUGAAAAUUCAUUAUUUCAAUUUUUUGACAGAAGCCUAUAACGCGCUACUGCGCCUUAAGAAAGAAAUUUUUAUAGGAGUCGGGCUAAAUUUUCAUAGACAAAAAAAAAAAACAAUCAGCUGUUGAAAUGUGUUCACCAUAUUAGUUUCGCCAUGCCUUUUAUAUACUCACUACACAACGAUCGAAAACAGCUGUUAUCUUAACAAUGUAUUCAAAAGAUUAACGGGUAUAAAAAGUUGCCUUCUUAUAAAAUCCAAGAAGUCAACUUUUCAUAAAUCGCAAACAAUUAACAAAUUGAUUUUUCGACUUUUUGUUUCGACUAUAGGACCCAAGAUAUUUUAUUAUUAUUAUUAUUAUUAUUAUUAUCAUUAUCAUUAUUAUCAAUAUAUAUUGAUAGAAUCAUUUUAUAAAGUAGCAAAUGGAACAGCAAACUAACAGCACCUCCUGUAAAUUCGCUUUGGUUACCGUUUUAUACGUAAAUAUAUUAAAACAGCUGUAAAAUAAUAUAUUAACUUUCCCAUCCCUGGAUUAAAAUAUAGGCAAUACUUCAAUUAUCAACUCUGCUGUAAACAUUCUUGUUAUUUUUGCGAAAUGUGUAAUAAAAUAUAUAAAAUUUUUUAACGAAAACAGUAUAAUUUUUGUAUAUACUUUUUAUAAUGGAUGUGGAAGUACCUAUUUUGUCUGGAUAUUUGAAUGUUCCAACACAAUCAGGAUUUCCGCUUCAUCGAAUAUCCAAGAAGACGUUACAAAGGGGCCUUAAAGGACCCAAGUAAAGACUCACUCUUUUUAAAAUCUUGCCAAAAAUAUUGUCAACUUUUUAAAUCAAGCCGUUAUGGUAUAGAACGCUUAGAAAUUUGUGAAUCUAAGGAAGAUAAAAAUCCAAAAAUUGUUACACUAGAAAAUUGUGUUAAGAUUACACAAGAACCAUGCCCGGCAAACUUAAUACAUAUCGUUAAAAAAACGGGGAAUUUAACUUUGAAUGCAACGAAUGAAGAUAGUUUAAAAGAAUGGGUAAAUGCUCUUCAGACUGUGGCAUUUCGAAGUAAGAAUGAUGCAAUUUUAACAUCGGCAAUAGAAGAGGAUAAUGAUUUAUAUUGUAGUUCAUAUGGCGAUGGGUUAUUUAUAGUUACGUUAAUACCUUCCGAAGCUUCGAUUCGUUGUAAUAUUGAGCCUAAAGUUUAUAUGCUGCAUUUAACUCCAACAGAACUGCAAUUAAAAUCAACAAGCGAUUUAAGCGAAAUAAAGUGGCCAUAUAGAUAUAUAAGAAAGUAUGGCUACAGAAAUGGAAAAUUUACAUUUGAAGCUGGAAGAAAAUGCUCUACGGGAGAAGGCAUUUUUACUUUAGAUCAUACAAACCCACAAGAAGUUUUUCGUUGUAUGUCAUCAAAAAUGAAAUCAAUGAAGAAGAUGAUAUCUGGUGAUAGUGUUAAAGAUAGCUACGAAAGCCAACUACAUGUUGCUGCAUCAAUGGAGGCUGGAUCCCGUAGUCCUUUACCACCAUCUCCAUCUAACCAAAAUACAACAGAAUUUGAAAUAAACUCUACUCAAAGUAGUUUUUCUAUUCGCAAUUUAUUUCCAAUAUGUGAAUCUUUCAAUAGUAUUGGUAUAAUGAUUAAUCCAAAAACAAUUCCUAACAAGCCACCUCGAAAAAUAAAUGCAACUGAGAAGGUAGCUAACAAAAUGCCUGCAAGAAAGCAAUCCUGCAAUGAAAAAUUUGUUAAAUUUAACAAUUUUGAAGCAGUAUCAAUUACUUCAUCAUCCGAUCCAAACAAAGCUGCAGGUUCUAUGGUUAUUUUAAAACCAUCUUGUGAUGAAUACAGAUGUUCGCAAGAAAUUUCUGUCCCUGAACUUCCUGCUCGCAAUGAUUUAAAAUCUGAGCGAGAUUAUGAAAGUAUUGAAACUAUUACAGAUGCGUGGAAAACAUUGGGUAUAAAUGACGUAAAACACAAUGAACAUAUAAAUUCUACCGAUCUCAACGAUAUUAUUUGGACACGUGCUAAUUCCAAAAAUAUUACUACUCCGAAAAUUAUAGAUAUAGAUAUAGGAGAAUGUAGUAAAAGUCAUUUUAAUAACACACGUUCCGAUCUUACAUAUGAUCGCUUGGAUUAUUUGUCAGCAAAUAAUAAAACGUCAAAUGGUUACAAAACAAUUGUUACAGUGGCACCCUUAUCGACUAAAAAUAUGGCAUACGAAUCUUCGCAAAAUGAAUAUGAAUCAAUAAAUGUUUCAGUAUUAGAGUCAGUUCGUAAAAUUGAAGAAAAUAGUUUAGGAUACGGAAUUCUACGCCAAUCACAAAUUCUGUCAAAUUCGUCCAAAGAAUGUGAAAUUGAACAUAGCUUAUCAAAAAACAUAACUAUAAGUACUGAUUCAAACUGCACAGAAUAUAAAACUGACACUUCUAAUGACAUAUUUGUGGAUGACGAUGAAGGCAAUUCUUUAAACUACGCUGUAGUUCGUAAAGAUAAGCGUAUAUAAUAUAUUUGCUAUUAUAUUUUAGAUAAACAGUAAGCUAUUUACUUAAAAAAAGUAUGUAACCAAAACUAAUUAAAAGUUAUUGUAAACAAAUAUGUAGGUAUGAGAUUGUUAAUAAUUUAAAAUAAUAUAACAUCAUGUAAAAUCAUUCUUAUAAAAUAUGUAAUAUUAACUAACACUCUUGUGCAUCAGAUUGACUGAAUAUCAAUUGUUUAAUUAAAGUUGAAAUACAUAUUAGACACUUCAACAAAUAUUUAAAAUCAAACAUGUUUCUUUGCAAGAAAAACAGCGUUUUAUAAAUCUAGGCAGCAAAAUUCACCUGCUUUUACAGUAUAUAUUAAGGUUGUCAAUUAUUCGUGUUUUAAAUUGAAUAAAAAUUUACUAUAUUUUUUAUUUGAGUAGUCGAUUAAAUUUUAAAAAUUAUUUUAAAUCUGAAUACUUAAACGAAUAUUCUAUAUAAUUUAACUGAAAAACACAAAGAUAGUUAUAAUUCAUUAAAAAUUGUAAACAUAUAAAGAAAUAAAAAUU